GUAAUUUGGAAGAAAGUCAACAAGUCCAGUCCGAUAACAAUAGGAGAGUACGUCUAUGAUCCAGACAAUCGAUAUUCUAUCACCAGAGAAGAUCCUUACAUGGACUCUCAGAUGGCCAGUAUCGACAGCCAAAGAAUUGGUUAUGAAAACCCUCGAUGGAACUUACAGAUAACGAACGUGGACUUUCAACACGCGGGUACAUACGAAUGCCAGAUCAGCACAAAAGAAGAUUUUGCUCGUAACGUAACACUAAACAUUAUAA